AUGCUCAGAUCUACUGCCCUGCAUGCUCUCCUUAUUCUCCUGGGCGGUCUGGGAGGGGUGCUUGGGAAGCCCGGGCUGAUCGAGCUCACGGCAGACACCUUUGAGUCCACCUUCAAAGCGCUGCCGGAGGACAGAUGGGUGCUGGCCGAAUUCUAUGCCCAUUGGUGCCCAGCAUGCCAGCGCUUCCAGCCCGAGUACGAGAAGGUGGCGGCAUACUUUGCGGAGCGCGGCGAGCAGGAGCCGGUCAUCACGGUGGCCCGCCUGGACUGCGCCAGCCACGGCGACAUGUGCAGCAAGUUCAAGGUGACCGGCUACCCCACCAUGAAGCUGGGCAGCGCUGCUGACCUGGCGGCGCUGGCGCUGGACAAGCUGACGGACGUGCGGGCCGCCUCGCGCCAUGCCGACUCGGUCAUUGCCUGGCUGGCCAAGCACCUGGAUGUCAAGUUUGACGCCACAUCUGGCGCCGGCAGCGGCAGCGGCAGCGGCGGCGGCGGUGGCGGCGACGACAGCAGCAGCAGCGGCGAUAGUGGCAGCGGCGGCGGGGCCGCCGCCUCUGGCAAGCUCAGCCUGGGGCGCCGCGGCGGCGCCCGGCAAGAGCCGUUGGAGCUACCCGGCCAAGCUGCGGCUGCCGGCGCUGCUGGCGCCGCAGGAGCGGCGCAGGCUGGCGGUGGUGGUGGUGGCGGUACUGGUGGUGUGGACCUGGUUGAUGUGGAGGGCGCCACGAUCAAGUCCUGGCAGUACAUUGUGGCGUCCCCGCUGCUGCUCAAGGGCCCCGAGGCGCGGCAGGGGCUCAAGGACUGGGUGGACCUGCUGGCGGACAGCCACCCGGUGGACAGGUGCGCCGCGGGGGCGGAGCGGCUGCAGGAAGCCCUGGAUGAGCUGUGGCCCGACGACCAGGACCAGCCCAGCAAGGGGCUGGGAGACCUCCAAAUCUGCCCCGGCACCACCUUCAAGGACUGGCGGGGCUGCCGCGCCUCCUCCCCCGACCGCCGCGGAUACACCUGCGGCCUGUGGCAGCUCUUCCACUCGCUGGCCAGCCGGCUGCCCGAGACAGAGAACGCAGGGGCGGUGUGGCUGGCGGCGGUCAAGGGCUUUGUGGGCAGCUACUUCCAGUGCAGCGAGUGCGCCAAGCACUUCAUGGCGCACGCCGCGCGCGAGGAGGCGCUGGCUGUGGCCACCAAGCGCGACGCCGUCAACCGGCGGCUGGCUGGCGAGGACAAGGCCGGCGACGGGGCGCCACAUGUGCAGUUCCCGCCCGCCGCGCUGUGCCCCAAGUGCAGGAGGGCGGACGGCCAGGGCGCGGCGCACGACGAGGCGGUGCCUUGGGACGAGGAUGAGGUGUACGCUUUCCUCCUCUCCCACUACAGCGGCCGGGCGCAGGAGGCGGGCGGCGGCGGCCUGGGCCUGCGCGCGCGGCACUCGGGGUGGGGCGACGCGGCGCUGGUGGUGGGGCUGGUGGCGGGGUGCGUGUACACCGCGCUGCGCCGAUCCGCGCAGUACGCGCUGCGCAAGUCGGAGUCGCGCAACCUGUGA